CCUUGCGCUUGCGAGACACCCUUGUGAGUCAGAUCGCGGCACUACCAGGCUCGCUCUUCACCGACGGUGAGCCUAUCGUUCUAGGUUGCUUGAUGCAAGUUGUGGAUAGGUGGGCGGAGAUCGUUGGUCAAGACACAGAAGGGCGACCGCUCGUACUAUGCCCGAACAGCUUCACGGAAGAAAAGAGGUCUCGGCAGAGGGAAGAUCAGGCAAAGUGGGAGGGAGGCGUGAUUCUCAUGGAUGAAAUCCUUGACCAACUCGGUGCCUAUCGUGGCUGAGACGGCUUCGACAGUCAUGCAGACUAUGG